UCACGCCCAUACCUCGGAAGCGGCUGCUGUGGGCGGCUUUCCUCUGCAGGAGCAUGGCGGUGCCGGCCAAGUCUGCGCGGGGCUCCCCCGGCUCAGAUAAAGUACACAAAGGCAAGGCUGGACAGACCUUAAGGUCCAGUCGGGCCAGCUGCAUAGGGAAACUCUUGGGUUUUGAGUGGACAGAUGUAUCCAGCUGGGGGAGCCUGGUGACCCUGCUGAAUCGACCAACGGAUCCUGCAAGCUUGGCUGUCUUCCGUUUUCUCUUUGGGCUGUUGAUGGUACUGGACAUUCCACAGGAGCGGGGGCUCAGCUCCCUGGACCGAAGAUACCUGGAUGGGCUAGACGUGUGCCGCUUCCCCUUGCUGGAUGCCCUCCAACCACUGCCACUUGACUGGAUGUAUCUUGUCUAUACCAUCAUGUUUCUGGGGGCACUGGGCAUGAUGCUGGGCCUCUGCUACCGGAUAAGCUGUGUGUUAUUCCUGCUCCCAUACUGGUAUGUGUUUCUCCUGGACAAGACGUCAUGGAACAACCACUCCUAUCUGUAUGGUUUGUUGGCUUUUCAGCUGACAUUCACGGAUGCAAACAACUACUGGUCUGUGGAUGGCCUGCUGAAUGCCCGAAAGCGGAAUGCCCACGUGCCCCUUUGGAACUAUGCUGUACUGCGUGGCCAGAUUUUUAUUGUGUACUUCAUUGCGGGUGUGAAAAAGCUGGAUGCAGACUGGGUGGAGGGCUAUUCCAUGGAGUACCUGUCCCGGCAUUGGCUCUUCAGUCCCUUCAAACUGAUAUUAUCCGAGGAGAUGACGAGCCUCCUCGUGGUGCACUGGUGCGGACUGCUGCUUGACCUCUCAGCUGGUUUCCUGCUCUUCUUCGAUGUUUCAAGAUCCAUUGGCUUCCUCUUUGUGACCUACUUCCACUGCAUGAAUUCACAGCUUUUCAGCAUUGGUAUGUUCCCCUAUGUCAUGCUGGCCAGCAGCCCUCUCUUCUGCUCCCCUGAGUGGCCUCGGAAGCUAGUGUCUAACUGCCCCAAAAGGCUGCAAGAACUGCUGCCCCUGAAGGCUGCCCCUCAGCCCAGUGCUUCCUGCAUGUAUAAGAGGAACCGGUCCAAAGGCGGCCAGAAGCCAGGCCUGCGCCAUCAGCUAGGUGCUGCCUUCACCCUGCUCUACCUCCUGGAGCAGCUUUUCCUGCCCUAUUCCCAUUUCCUCACCCAGGGCUAUAACAAUUGGACGAAUGGGCUGUAUGGCUAUUCCUGGGACAUGAUGGUGCACUCCCGUUCCCACCAGCACGUGAAGAUUACCUACCGUGAUGGACGCACUGGCGAGCUGGGCUACCUUAACCCUGGGGUAUUCACACAGAGCCGGCGAUGGAAGGAUCAUGCAGACAUGCUGAAGCAAUAUGCCACUUGCCUGAGCCGCCUGCUUCCCAAGUACAAUGUUACUGAGCCCCAGAUCUACUUUGAUAUUUGGGUCUCCAUCAAUGACCGCUUCCAGCAGAGGAUUUUUGACCCUCGUGUGGACAUUGUGCAGGCUGCCUGGUCCCCCUUCCAGCGUACAUCGUGGCUGCAGCCACUUUUGAUGGAUCUCUCUCCUUGGAGGACCAAGUUACAGGAAAUCAAGAGCAGCUUGGACAACCACACUGAGGUGGUCUUCAUUGCAGAUUUCCCUGGGCUGCACCUAGAGAAUUUUGUGAGUGAAGACCUGGGCAACACUAGCAUCCAGCUGCUGCAGGGGGAGGUUACUGUGGAGCUGGUGGCAGAACAGAAGAACCAGACUCUUCAGGAGGGAGAAAAAAUGCAGUUGCCUGCUGGUGAAUACCAUAAGGUGUACACAAUAUCACCCAGCCCUUCAUGUUACAUGUACAUCUAUGUCAACACUACGGAGCUUGCACUGGAGCAAGACCUGGCACAUCUGCAAGAAUUGAAAGAGAAGGUGGAGAAUGGAAGUGAAACGGGGCCUCUACCUCCAGAGCUGCAACCUCUGCUGGAAGGGGAAGUAAAAGGAGGUCCUGAGCCAAUACCUCUGGUUCAGACCUUUCUUAAACGUCAGCAAAGACUCCAGGAAAUUGAACGCCGGCGAAACACCCCUUUCCAUGAGCGAUUCUUCCGUUUCUUGCUGCGAAAGCUCUAUAUUUUUCGCCGCAGCUUCCUGAUGACUUGUAUCUCACUUCGAAAUCUGGCAUUAGGCCGCCCUUCCCUGGAGCAACUGGCCCAAGAGGUGACUUAUGCAAACUUGCGACCCUUUGAGCCAGUUGGAGAGUUUAGUUCUUCCAACACAGAUUCUUCAAAUUCUGAUCCUCCUGAACUAAAUUCUGACCAUAUCCACUCAGAGUUCUAAAGGGGCCAGACAUUGGAUACAGAUGUGGGAGCAGCCAGUUACAGGACCAUUAUCUAUGCAGUGAAAAUUUGAAAACAUCCUUAUAGAUAUUUGAUGUACCAUAAUGAAAAUAGAAGCUAAUUAUUCUCAAGUGCUUGUUCUAUGCUAAGCACUGUGUAAAGCGCUGUGCCUAUGUUAUUACAUUUAGUCCUUAAUGGUCGCUACUCCUAUUUUACAGUUGGAGAAACGCAGGCUGACAGGUAAUAUUUGUUCAGACAUAAACCUAGUAAGGGUUGGGUUGAUAGUUUGAACUUCCUGUCGGACUUAAGGUUUUGCAUCUUGCCUCUUGUAAUUUUCAGUCACAAUAAUUCUGAAAUAACAUAGCUUAAGAAAAAAACUUGUUUUCUUAAGUAUGAUUAGGAUGGUGAUCAGGUUCUAAAUGCACACAGAGCAGCUGGUAAGUUUUUCACUAGCAAUUAUGAGAGUAGUUACAGUAGCAGAAUUAAACCAGUAAGGAAAUUUAGAUGAUUGGUGUAUUUUCCUAAAAAUAAGUUUAAUAUUUAGCAUUAUUCUAUCAUUUAGUGAGAAGGUAAUUAUUAACCAAACUUGGUGAGGUAUUAGGGAAUGUCUGGUCACUUUGUAGGUUUGUAUAUACAGGGACCAUCGUGGAAGCUCAUCAGUUCUGUGAAAAUUCAAAUGCCUGGCACCAGGCUAAGAAGUGAGAAUGCAUAGACUUAAAAAAAAACACAACUCAGUUUUGUGACAGAGAUUAGUAGUAAAUUGGCAAUCCCAGUAACUUUGAUAAAGGACUGUAUCUGUUUUCAUGCUUCUCUUUUUUUAAAUAUAUUUUAUUGAUUAUGCCAUUAUAGUCAUCCCAUUUCCCCCCUUCAUUCCCCUCCACCCUCACCUUUCCCCCCUUUAGUUUAUGUCCAUGUGUCACAAGUUCUUUAGAUUCUAUAUUUCCCAUACUAUUCUUGCCCUCCCCGCUGUCUAUUUUCUUCCUACCAUCUAUGCUACUUAUUCUCUGUACCUUCUCUUCCCUUCUCCUCCUCCUACUCCCCUGUUGCUAACCCUCCAUGUGAUCUCCAUUUCUAUGGUUCCACUCCUGAUCUAGCUGUCUUCUUAGUUUGCUUUUGUUUUAGGUGUGGUUCUUAUUAGCUGUGAGUUUGCUGUCCUUUCACUGUUCAUCUUUUUUAUCUUCUUUUUCUUAGAUAAGUCCCUUUAACAUUUCAUAUAAUAAGGGCUUGGUGAUGGUGAACUUCUUGAAUUUGAUCUUAUCUGAGAAGCACUUUAUCUGCCCUUCCAUUCUAAAUGAAAGCUUUGCUGGAUAGAUCAGUCUUGGAUGUAGGUCUUUGGAUUUCAUGACUUGAAAUACUUUUCAGCCCCUUCUUGCCUGUAAGGUCUCUUUUGAGAAAUCCACUGACAGUCUGAUGGGAACUCUUUUGUAGGUGACUAUCCCCUUAUCUCUUGCUGCUUCUAGGAUUGUCUCCUUCAUUUUAAUCUUGGCUAAUGUAAUUAUGAUGUGCCUUGGUGUGAUUCUCCUUGGGUCCAACUUCUUUGGGACUCUCUGAGCUUCCUGGAUUUCCUGAAAGUCUAUUGCCUUUGCAAGGGAUACCAGAUUGGGGAAGUUCUCCAUUAUUAUUUGUUAAGUUUUCCACUUGUUGCUGUUCCUGUUCCCCUUCUGAUACCCCUAUAAUUCGGAUGUUGGAAUGUUUAAAGAUGUCUUGGAGGUUUCUAAGCCUCUCCUCAUUUGUUUUGAAUUCUUGUUUCUUCAUUCUUCUCUGUUUGGUCAUUCUUUUCUUCCUUCUGGUCCACUCCCUUGAUUUUCACCUGUUUCCUUUCCAUCGCUAUUGGUUUCCUGUGCAUUUCCCUUUAUUUCGCUUAGUUUAACCUUUAUUUGUUCCUCUAAUUUGUGACUAAAAUCAAAUCAGUUCUGUGAGCAUCCUGAUCACCAGUGUUUUGAACUGUGCAUCUGAUAGGUUGGCUAUCUCUUGGUUACUUAGAGGUAUUGGCUCUGGGGCUUUGAGCUGUUCUUGAGUUAUGUUUUGGUCUGUUCAGACCUGUUACAUGAGGGGCGGAGCCUUAGGUGUUCACCAGGGUGGAGCCAGAGAGGGGCAGUGGCGUUUGUUCUGUUCUCUCAGAUUUCGGUCCCCUCCACCGCCUCCCACAAGCAAACCAGCCACCCCUGGUGCAGACUACCAGGUAUGUGGGCCUGUGCACCCUCCAGGAUCCUGUGGGUCCCUCCAACGAACUGUGAGCCCGGGAGCCUCUUCUGGCACUUUGACCCCAAAAGUUUUUCCAAUUGGUGCUUUUAGACUAUAUCGUUGAUGGGACCCUAGCCUGCUUGGUCUCUCACUGCUUGCUUCUUGGCCUGGUUUAUCUGAAUGUGAAUGUGUGACCAGUCAGUCAGCCAGCCACCCUGUGCCCCCACUGGGUGUAUCGAUUGCCACCCCACUCCUGGGAUCUGCCAACUGCCACCUAUGCUCCUGGGCCUGUCUGGUUGCUUUUCCUGCGUCAGCUGCUGACUCCAUUCCUCUUACUAGUCUGGCUGAAUGGUUCGUUGUUGUCAAACUUCCGUACCAUUCAGUUUUCUGUUUUGGUUGUUUUUGUUACUAAAACUUUGUCGUCUUUAAACUUGGUUGUGCAAGGAGGCAGUGUUUCCACCUAUGCCUCCAUUUUGGCUGGAAGUCCCUCAUGCUUCUCUUCUUAAGCUCCACCCCACCUUACCUGCUUGGACAGUGAUUUCACUCCGUUUUUCCACUGUACACACUUGGCAUGAUUAUGUCCAUUCCAUGGUUUCUAGUGAUGCUUUCUUUCCUGUGUCCUAGACCUAUACCUGUCCCCACCUGGAUAUCCCAGAGCUUUCAAACUGUCCUGCACAGAACUUACUUUCACCCUCAAGACCUGUUCCUUUAUUAGUGAAUGGCAAUUGUUUUCACCAAGCCAUUUGAGUCAUUGGCCUUAAUCUUUGCCUUACAUUUCUUAUAACUUCAAGUCCUAGCAAUUCUUCUUAAAUUUAUCAAUUUCAUCUCUACUCUGUUCAGCCUUUAUAUUGGAAUUAAGUUAGGGAGACCAGAGCAGGGCCAAAAUGUAGUAAUGCAGGUGGGGCCUGAAUGAAGGCACCCCACUGAGGCCAAGUGGGGCAUAGCAGUAAGUGGUGAUUCAUACAAGCAUUGUAUGCAGCAGCUGUUGCCAGUGUACCUUGAGCACUUAGUAAGAAUGGUGUGGGGGAAACACUGGUUUUAAUCUUUUUGCACAUCUCAGUGACAGUUACCUCAGCAUUAUAUUAUUCUUUGCCAGUAAGUUCAGCUAUCUCGUUUCCUCACCACCAUCACCCUCUUCCCUUUGGUAAGAAAAGUAGCUCCUCACUUUGAGGGCUCUUGCAAAAGCACUUUCAAUGUAGACAAGAAUGCUGCUACUCCCAAAUUUUUAGUAUACCAAUGCUGUGACUCAUUUUCUCAAUGAAGAUGUUGGGAUGGGAUGAAGAGGAAGUAUGGUCAUCUUAAUGCUGGUCCAAGUUAUUCAAGGAAGUAAAUUAGACUCUGCAAGCGCAGCUGUUUUGGGAGUGGGUUAUCAAUGUCCUUUUGACCAGAAGACUAGUAUUUUCAUUCUGUGCUCAGCAUUUUGGUCUGUCAUACAUUCCUAACUGUAAUCACUUUCACCAUUUCAUGCCUUUGCUCCCACUUUCCUCCCUGGGUUAGUGCUCAUCCACCUUCCUAUCUUUACAAUUCUCUACCCCUCUUUCCCCCAGUAGAUAGAGGACAAACACUUCUUAGGUAUCUUCCUGGCAAAUAUUGAACCUAACCACAAGACAGUUACUUCUCUGGUGCUGCCCCACCACGUUACAGGCAUCCAGACAUCCUCAGAUCACCUUAUUCAGUGAACAUGCUUCUCUAACUUUAGACAGUAAUGCAUUGAAAUCUAACAUCUAUAAACUUUUUACAACAUCCUGGAGCCAAAGUCCUCAAGUUCCUGAGCAAAUUUGAGAAGAUCCAUUGAUAUAACCUAGCUUCCCCUCCAUUUCUAAAUCCACAAGCCUCCAGGCAAACAGGUAUUCUUAAGCAAGCAUUCCUUGGGUUUCACAUCUGUAGCAGGUCAGGCUCCUGUCUGUACUUUUCAGCUUCAGGCUCAAGAAAGGAUAGUUAAAAUUAUGUCAAUUAACUUUCUGUAAACUGCUACAAAUACAGAUUAUAACCUUUUGGAAAUUUGUAUCUCCACCAUUACUUUAAAUUUGAGUUCAUUUGUAAUCACCUUAUAUUCCAAGUUGAUUCCUGUUUAAGAACUUUUCAAAUUAUAAUGUGUGAACAUGUAAUCACAGCCUUUUACACUUAUUUAUAAAGGGAUUAAUACUUACGAAUUUUUCACAUUAGUCAAGAAAUAUAGUGGGUUGAAAUUUUUAAUACUGGCCCUGACGGUCCCAUAAAGCAAAAAGUCACUGGUUUGAUUCUCAGUCAGGGCAGAUUAGGUUGCAGGUUCAGUUUGGGCCAGGGCAUGAGAAGCAACCAAUGGAUGUCCCCCACUCCCGCUUCCCAACUGUCUAAAAUAAAGUUUGACUAACCACUUUCAUAAAUAGAGGUAUGCCCCUCAUUUUUUGUAUUUGCAUUAAGCCACUUCAUUUUCAUAUAAGACAUACAUUACUAUGUAUGGGCUAACCCAUUCAGACUAACCAAAGAAAUCCUAUGAGGCAGGAGUUUGUUUUUGCAUUUAUGAGUUAUAACACUCUGCUUUUCUUCCCUUUUUAUUGGGAAGUUUAUUGGGGGGACUGCAGCCUGCUUUAUGCCAUUUUGGGUUACAAAAGACUUCAGGUAGUGGGGGAAGCCUGUAUUCUAUUACUUGUUUUUACACCCUUAAUCUUAGAUAUUUGAAACAUUGGCAAUUUACAUUAUGGCUACUGCAAUAAGGAGUGAAAUAGGUUAUUCCAUUGGCUGAAAAAGGCAACACUUGAGAAACCAAAAUCAAACCUUUAAGGAACAGUAUUUUCAAGCCUGUUAAAUAAAUGCCUGCAGUUAGGGUUGAGAUGAUUGCCCAGAAUGGAUUACAAUUACAAUUAAUCAGGGUUCAAGAUUGUUUUGGGAUCAUAUUCAUACCAAAACACUUUGAAAUAAUGGACACAGUUAAGGUAGAACCUAGCAUUUAUUUAGAUCUUCAUUAAACUGUUGGAAUUGAGAACCAGACAUACGUAAUAAACCUCCAAAAAUAGAUCCUGAAAGGCACUUUCUGCUUAGAGCAAGCAGUCAUGGAAUAAGCAUGUAAACAAGCUGGCUUCUCUGUACCACACCAGCCAAGUCAGCUUUCUCCAUGGCCAGCUGCACCAGCUCUGCCCUCCCUUGUUAACACCAGCCAGAACCCCUGUAGGUCUAACCCAAGGUUUUUCUGUAGGACACCUUGGCCUACCUGGGAAUGCUGGAAACAUUAAAGGAAUCAUGGUGUUGAGGAAAAAAAAAAAUCUUUUAAAAGCUGCCAUCUGAGGUGAUGGCUUCUCUGUACUUACGCCAUACCCCAGAAUACAAUAAAUAAGCAAUUAGAAAAUGUUCAAGUAUGAAGGGAUUUUCCUCCUCCCCGCCAAAAGCACUGCUGUCUGAAGAAAGCUGGUUUCUCUGUAGCUACACCAGCUGUUCAGAAAGCUCAUUGGACCUGGUUUUGAAAAUAAAACAAAGUUAAAACCCUGGGA